AAGAUGGAGGAGCCCGAGGUGAGCAUUGUGGUGAAGCUGGAGGGUGACUCGGAGGAAGAGGAGGAGAAAGAAGAGGCUGGCAGCUAUGCCAAGUGCGGCCGGCGCUACAAGUGCCUGGCGUGCGGCAAGACCUUCCCCAGCGUGCCCCGGGUGCUCCGCCACGCCAAGUGCCACGCUGGGGGGGGGCAGCGCCCCGGGCAAGCACGCCUGCCCCAGCUGCGCCAAGGAGUUCCCCGACCGCUCGCAGCUGCACAAGCACCAGCUGAGCCACUCGGCCGAGCGCCCCUUCCAAUGCCUGCAGUGCUCCAAGGCCUACAAGACGGCGCCGGAGCUGCGCAGCCACGGGCGCAGCCACACGGGCGAGAAGCCCUUCAUCUGCCAGGAGUGCGGCAAGGCCUUCAUGCAGCCGGUGUGCCUGCGCGUCCACAUGGCCCGGCACACCGGCGACCUGCCCUUCCGCUGCUCCCACUGCGCCAAGGGCUACGGCACGCUCUCCAAGCUGAAGAUCCACCAGCGGGCCCACACAGGCGAGAAGCCCUACAUCUGCGGCGAGUGCGGCAAAGCCUUCGCCGACCCCUCAGUCUUCCGCAAGCACCGGCGCAUCCACGCCGGCCUGCGCCCCUACCAGUGCAGCGCCUGCCAGAAGACCUACGCCGAGCUGAAGGACCUGAAGAACCACGAGCGCAGCCACACCGGGGAGAAGCCCUUCCUCUGCUCCGACUGCGGCAAAGCCUUCUCCCGCUCCUCCUCGCUCACCUGCCACCAGCGCAUCCACGCGGAGCAGAAACCCUACUGCUGCGGCCAGUGCGGCAAAGGCUUCACCCAGCUCUCGUCCUACCAGAGCCACCAGCGCACCCACUCCGGGGAGAAGCCGUUCCUCUGCCCGCAGUGCGGCCGCAUGUUCUCGGAUCCCUCCAGCUUCCGGCGCCACCAGCGGGCCCACCAGGGCGUCAAGCCGUACCAGUGCGACAAGUGCAGCAAGGCUUUCCGCCAGCCGGCCGACCUGGCCAUGCACCAGCGGAUCCACACCGGCGAGCGCCCCUACAAGUGCCUGCAGUGCGACAAGACCUUCGUGGCCUCCUGGGAUCUCAAGCGGCACCAGCUGGUGCACUCGGGCGAGCGGCCGUUCCAGUGCGGGGAGUGCGGGAAGAGCUUCGCCGAGCGGGCCAGCCUCACCAAGCACUACCGGGUGCACUCGGGCGAGCGGCCCUUCAAGUGCGGCCGCUGCGGCAAGACCUUCGUGGUCUCCUCCAGCCUCCGCAAGCACGAGCGGACCCACGGCGAGCGGCGGGGCGGGGAGGAGGAGGAGGAGGAGGAAGAAGCGGGAGCCGCAGCCCGGCACGUCUGCCGGCUCUGCGGGGCUGCCUUCGGCGAGGCUGCGGCGCUGCGGCGCCACCAGCGGGGGGAGCACCCGGAGGCGGCCCCCGGGGCGCCCACCUGCGCCGAGUGCGGGGAGGCCUUCUCCUCGCCCUACGACCUGCGCAAGCACGAGCGGCUCCACCCCGGCCUGCGCCCCUUCCCCUGCCCCGAGUGCGGCAAGGGCUUCUCCGACCGCGCCGGCCUGCGCAAGCACGAGCGCAUCCACUCUGGGGUGCGGCCCCACGCCUGCUCCCUCUGCGGCAAGGCCUUCCUCGGCGCCGCCGACCUCCGCAAGCACCUGCGCACCCACGGCCCCGCCCCCGGCCCACCCCUCGACGAGGCCACCCACCCCCCCAACGGGCCCAGCGGCUGCCUGCCAGAAGGACUGAGCCAGUCCUCCUGAGCCCCUCCCCCCUUAGGGGGGCGUGGCUCUGUGUGCCCCUGGGCCCCUCCCCCCUCUGGGAGGCGUGGCUCUGUC